AUGCCCUCUUCCCUCACCCGGUCCCUCCCACGGGGGCUGACCGGCUCCUCACCCCGCCAACUCUUCCUCUCAACCUCUCUAGCUCCCACCUCUUUAGUCUCCUCCCGGAACUUUAGCUUCAAGAAAGGCCCCCCCACCAAAGAAAAGGUAAUCAUCCUCGGCUCCGGCUGGGCAGGCUACUCCCUAGCCCGCACCCUCUCCCCCACCAAAUACGACCGCAUCAUAAUCUCCCCCCGCCCCUACUUCGUCUUCACCCCCCUCCUCGCCUCCACCUCGGUCGGCACCCUCGAGUUCCGCACCGUCCUCGAGCCCGUCCGCCGCCUCCCCGGCGGCAACAUCAACUUCUACCAAGGCUGGGCAGACGACAUUGACUUCUCCCGCAAGACCAUCACCGUCGAGACCAACGCCGCCGAGGAAGCCGCCUCCAAAACUGUCGUCCCACCCCCCGGAGGGCAAAUCCCGCUCCGGGACAAGGGAGAGGUUAUCGAGGUCCAGUACGACAAGCUGAUCAUUGCGUGCGGAGCCUACAGCCAGACGUUUGGGAUUGAGGGGGUAAGGGAGCAUGCCCAUUUCCUGAGGGAUAUCGGUGAUGCUAGGAGGGUGAGGCUACGGGUGUUGAGCCUGUUUGAGCAGUGCUCUUACCCCAGCAGCAGCAGCCCCAACAGCAACGGGCAUGUUCUUACCGAUGAUGACAAGAGGGCUUUGUUGCACUUUGCCGUUGUGGGGGGCGGUCCGACGGGGAUCGAAUGGGCGGCUGAGCUCCACGAUUUUAUCCGUGACGAUUUGGGAAAGAUGUACCCCGAGCUGAUGCGCUUUGUCAAAAUCACGGUUUAUGAUGUCGCGCCAAAGGUGCUGCCGAUGUUUGACAAGGCUUUGGCGGAUUAUGCGAUGGGGCAUUUUGCCAGGCAGGGGAUCGAGGUCAAGACGGAGCACCAUCUGGAAAGGAUCAGGCUUGCGGAUGGGAAGUUGGGGAGACGGCACGGGGCGGUGCGGAUCAAGAUUAGGGAAGUCGAGGAGAAUGGGGGGGAGGUUGGGGCGGGGAUGGUGGUUUGGAGUACGGGGUUGAUGGCUAAUCCUCUGAUUGCAAAGUUGGCUGAGAAGGAGGUGGUGGUGAGUAAGAGUAAGAAUCCGAUGACGGGGGAGGUGCUGGAGAGGAGGAGGUUGGUUAGGGACAAGAGGAGUGGGGGGUUGGUGGUGGAUGGGUAUAUGAGGGCUUUGAGCGUGGAUGCUGAUGCUAAGCCUGAGGAAGGAAAUGAGUUGGAGAAGAAGCCGUUGGAUGGGGUGUACGUCAUUGGAGAUUGCAGUUUUAUCGAGAAUGACCCCCUCCCAAAGACGGCGCAGGUUGCUGCUCAGGAGGCGCAGUAUCUGGCUAAGGAGCUGAACAAGGGGAUUUCACCAGGUCAGGACGGGAAGGAGUUCAAGUUCAGGAAUUGGGGGACGAUGACGUAUCUGGGUGGGUGGAAGGCCAUUCACCAGAGCAAGGCCGAUGAGCUCAAGGGGUGGGUGGCAUGGGUCCUUUGGAGGGGAGCCUAUCUCACCAAGGCGAUGUCGUGGAGGAAUAAGUUGCUUGUGCCGAUUUACUGGGUAAUCUCCUGGAUCUUUGGACGGGGUAUCAGCCGAUUCUAA